AUAAAAGGGACAACUCAAUCAUACAAAUAUUUUUUGUCCCUAUUUGCCUCUGAUGAAUGAAACCGCCGCCGCACCAUCCUGCCGGCAACCAUUAUCAGCGGGCUGAAACCACCGCGCCGGAUAAAGGCACGGCUGUCGUACCAGUUGAAGGAAAGGAGGCCGAUCUAACUACUCCGGAGGGUAAGAUGAUUGGAAGUUGGUACCAAUGGCGCUACUUCUGGAACUGUGGAUAGGGAUUCUGCAGUACUAUUAUGAACCGGUCUUGGCGACACGAUUCCGGUCAAAGCCUGAGGUGCUUUAUUUCCUGGAAACGGGUGGCAAGCGCAAGAAGAGCACUGGUGGUGAUGCUACACCAUCUGAGACCCCAGUAGCAAGAAACAGAAGAAGAGCAGCUCGAAGAAAGAAAAAAAGGAAACUGCUUUCUCCGUUGAUUCUUCGAAUCCUCCAGAGAGCGUUAGCUGGUUGUUGACGGAUAGUUCUGCAGAUACUUUGACACGUUUUAUCCAUGGCAAAAUGGUUCCUGAAGGCCAAAGACAAGAAUGGGAUGCUGUCUUCUCGACUGUGUCGCAAAGGAACGCAAAUAGGGAGGCAGGCGUCUCUAAUGUGCAGUAACCAGUUAAAGAAUCUGUCUCGGUAUCUAGCUAGACUAGAUAGUGUGUCAAAUCUCAUCUGAAUUGGGCUUACUUUCUUUGGUCUUAGCAUAGGGACCUCAUAGUUGUUGAUAGCUUGUGGCUUUGGCAUAGGAAUAGGCAAAAGGUGCUCCACCUAAACUCUGUUCAUGGUCUCUUAUUGGUAUCGUUGAACCAGUGAAUUUGAAUCAUUUUACUAGUAUUGACAUAUGUGAAAAUUGUCUCAAGUAUGAAACUACUGUAGUUAUUGAGCA